GGUCGCAGGCACAGCACGUUCCAGAAUGUCAAGAAUCGAAUUUUCGAAUUCGAACCCGCGCCUGGCAACCGGAUUCUAUUUACACAACACCCGUCAGCGAAGCCCGAGUUUUGAGGCACGUUUUUUACGUACUCCUUGGCAAAGAUGGGGAUUUUGAAGAAGUUGGUGAUAUUAUACCUACUGUCGUGCCUGGUUGAUGACAAGCACGAGAAGUUGAGGACUCUGAUAGCUCACAUGCCGCUGAAGGACGCUGUAGGACUCCGCCUAGUGGAGAAACUGCCCGUCUUCGAAACCACCAAAGACUCGCUGCGAGUUUAUCAGAUCACAGACAGCAAGACUUUCAUAUCUGCGUAUGUCCAACCGUCUGACACCGGAGGUCUGGGCAGACUGGUCCGCUGUUACCUGUACAAGGACAGGAGCCGUGACGUCAUGAUGACGACUCUGACUGACUACGGCUGGAAGGACCAUGAUGCAGUCAUGAAUGUCGUCACUGAUGCUAACGACGUAUGGCGCUACAGUUACCUGCUGGACAGCUGUUUCUGGCUCCGCGAGGGCCGUCACUUCGACGAGCUGGCCGAACUCCCGCCGCCUGACCCGCUCACCUGGCUGCUCCAGGCCGGGAGGAACAUCUACAAGACAACCUUCAGUUACUUCAAGGACGCGGGGAAGACAUCAGACCUGCGCAUGGAUGACCGUACACAACCCACAACACCGAAGAGUGGCUUCAUGGAAUACCUGACUACAACUUUCUGGCCUGAAGACGUGAAACCUGACACUGAUCAUGACUCUGCGAAGGACGAAGAUGCCGCAGAUGGCUGGUUUACCAAACUCUGCCGCUCAGUCCGAGACAGUGUACCCACGGCUUGGCCUUCAGGUGACGUCACGUCAACUGUUCAAACUGGACAGACCGGCGGGAGAAAUAGAGACAGCCCAGAGAUUGCCUCAGAAGGUGAUGAGUUCAGUACAGGCUUGUGGCACGGACUUCAACUCAACUACCUCAUGGACUACAUCACCACAGCCUGGACAGCUAAAGGGGGAGGGGGGGAAGUGAUAUGAAGUAGAAGUACAUCACAAAAUACAUUAGUGCAUAUAGCAAUUGUAACUUGAGGCAAACUCUCUU